AUGCGUGUGUCGGCGGCGCUGGCGCUCCUGGGCGGAGUCGCCGUUGCUGCGGAGGGGUGUCAUGGGGAUAACCUCCUCCGCGGCAUGGAGCGGCACGGUGCGGUGGAGUACUGUUCUUCGGUGUUAGGCUUCGUGGAGGCGACGAGCACGGUCUCGAUUCCGGAAGGGGUGCCGACUGGGUAUGAGGAGGCGAAGGUGUCUUCUGCGACUGCGGAGGGCUCGAUAUACUCUACUGCGGAUUUGGAUAUCUCCGCGACAGCGACAGAGACUUCGACGGAGGCUUCUGGGGUGGUUGGACGUCCUGCUCCGACGGACACCGAUAUCCCUGGGGGUUACUCCUUUUCUGUUCCAGGGGAUGGCUUGACGGCCACCACAGCCUGGACGUGUGGGCUGGCGGAGGCUACUACCACCGUUCAAGUCACCGAGACGAGCGUCGAGACUGUGUAUGUCACUGCGUUGUCGAGCGAUGGUAAUGCCGGGCGGCCGCCAUCUCCCUGGACUUCGGCUUCGUCUGGUGAGGUGUUGCCGACUAGUGGAGGCGAGUUCACGGUGAUUACGCUGUCAGAGGAGCCGAGCGGGACUUCGUCUGGAUGGGUCUCGACGAUUACGGUGCCCGUGAGCGAGGUUGUUGAUGUGCCGGUUGUCACUACGAUUGUCAGUGAUGGGUCUGAGGUCGUGAGCACACUCACACGAACACCAUUGAGAUCUCCUCAGGGACGGCCGGGGACUACGAUCACGAUGGUCAUCAACGGAACUGUGACGACCAUCACUGGGGAGAUACACGAUGUGCCACCUCCCACCCCGACGGAGACUCCGGCCUCGAGCUCAAGUUCAGGGGCUUCACAGUGGACGCUCCCUUGGAUCUCGGGGUCUACCCAAAGUUCACCUACGAUGAAUCCGACGGCGAGGAUCAGCACCGUCACCAGCGAUUUCGGGGGCGGAGUGGUUUCGACUUGGGCUGUAACACUUCCGACUGGGGUUCCGUUCCCGAAUACCACUUCAACGAGUCCGGCGUCCACGACGACGAGUGGCCAAGUGUCGAUUGUUACCAGCGUUAUUAGCGGAGAGGUUACCGUCAUCACGAUCGGGCGUCCAACUUCGACUGCGUCUUGGAAUGGGACAGCUUCUGCUACGACUUCGACGCCAUUCGAGACCUGGUCCGGGGAUUUCAGUGUUGUCACAAGUGUCAUUGGUGGUGAGGCUACGACGACCACUCUCAUCGGCGGAUCGACCCUUCGCCCAGCGAAUGGGACUUCCGUGGCCAGUUCGAUACCGUCAGAGACGACGUCUGCGGGUAUCAGUGCGAUUACGAGCUUCAUCGAUGGCGAGGCCACGACUAUCACACUCGUCGGCGGUUCAACUCUGUCCCUGCCUCUCAACCAGACGACUUCGACGACUUCCACGCCUUCUGAGACUCCAUCCGCCGAGGUCAGUGUGAUCACAAGCGUCAUCGACGGAGCAGUCACUACGAUCACGGUGGUCGGCGGGUCUACCCUCAUACCUGCAAAUGGUACAUCAAGCUCCACGGCAUCUGAGACGCAAUCAAGAGGUUUCAGUGUGGUAACGACGGUCAUCGGCGGCUCUGCUACGACUCUGACUUUGAUCGGUGGAUCAACCUUCAUACCGUCUUCCGGGCUAACUACCGCUACGGCCACGUCGAUUCCUUCCCAGACGUUGUCAGCCGGUGUGUCUGUCAUCACGAGCUUUCUCGAUGGCAUUGCUACCACAAUUAAGGUCUCUGAUGGAAGCACGCUUACGACGUCUCCUACCAGUGACAUCUCCCAAAAUCCUACAGCUACAGGCGGGAUCAUCGUCGUUACCAGCAUCAUCGAUGGAUCUGCGACCACAGUGACCGUCUCGGAUGGCUCUACCAUCGUUGCAUCAACCACAAGUUCCUCUGCUCCGGCAUCUUCGCCGACAGGGGAGGUGAUCGUUGUCACGAGCACAAUCAAUGGGGAGCUGACUACCUUCACCGUAUCAGACGGCCUGACUCUUGGAACAUUAUCGAGAAGUGGCACUGCAACUGCGAUGCCGUCACCUACUGAUAGAGUUAUCGUCAUCACAAGCAUCGUUGAGGGUCAGCCGACAACCUUCACAGUAUCCGACGGCACGACUCUAGGGACAGAGCCUAGCAGUGCGCCUGUAUCCCCGACUACAACAGCCAACGGUGGUGUCAUUGUGAUCACGAGCACCAUCGACGGUGCAGUCUCAACAAUCACAGUCUCCAACGGCAGCACAAUCGUAACGUCGGCAAGCAGUACCGCAACCCCGACGCCAAGGCCUAGUAUUGGGGUCAUUGUGGUUACGACGUUGAUUAAUGGCGAAGCAACUACUAUCACCGUCUCGGAUGGCAUGACUUUGGGAGAGCCAUCGCCUACCACCAGCUCAACUCCCACUCCGACUGGGGAGGUCAUCGUCAUUACCACCAUCAUUAACGGAGAACCAACCACGGUUACCGUGUCCGACGGAUCAACUCUUUCAACCCCAACGAGUACAACGACAACCUCAACUCAAAGCCCUACUCCAACAGUUGGGGUCAUCGUUAUAACAACGAUCAUCAGUGGUGCGGCUACGACAUUGACCGUAUCCGAUGGGUCGACUCUGUUUGGUCCUAUAAACACCACGUCAACUCUUACGCAAUCCCCGACUCAGACUGGGGGGGUUAUCACCAUUACCAGUACCAUCAAUGGCAGGCCAGUCACUCUGACGAUCUCAGACGGCUCAACACUCUCGCCAACCCCCGUUCCAACCAACGGCCCAGGAGUGAUUACAGUCAUCAGCAGUGUUAUCGGCGGCGGAGCGUCAACUUGGAUCAUCUCAGACGGCGUGACUCUGCCUCUACCUUCAAAUACAACAAGCGCCGCGCCACCUCCGACAGGACAGGUCAUUGUCAUCACAAGCAUCAUCAACGGCGCCGCAUCCACGUGGACGGUCUCAGACGGCUCAACUCUCAGCCCGAGCGCAACCACCACAGCUCCCUCAGCUCCAACUGGCGACGCCGUCACUCUGACAAGCACCCUCCCAGAUGGUCGUGUCUCAAUAUGGACUCUCAUCGGCACUGCCACCAUCACCGGAUCGCAGAAUGCCACCGCAACCAGCUCCUCAGGCUCAUCCUCAGCUACGGUCUCAUCAACAUCCAGCGCCUUCGACUCCGCCUUCACAGGCAUUUCGAUCGUGGCAUCUCAGAACGCGAGCACAUGCUACACCCUCCCCUCUCCCACAGAAUCCCUGCACGAGUCCAAGCUAGACACUCGAGGCAAGACCGCGCCUUACAUCGACGCCUUCUACCUGGACAAUACCACCAACUCCGUCAAGUACAUCCGGCUCAUGAACGAGACCACAUCAGACCCUGUCCUCAUCGAUGUAUCCGAUGCCGCGAAGCUGGCAAUCAUCGACGAAGACGGCAACACGCUCUCCAUCGACAGUCAGGGUCUACACUUUGCUUCCGCUGAUUGCUCGCCGAAAAUUGAUGUCUUCAUCUCUGGAUUCUUCAGUCAGAUCAACAGCUUGGCUGGGUGCACUACUGCCGGCGCAGCUCUCUUCGACACUCCCUCUGGGAGACCUCUGGAAAAGAGACAGGCCAGCGCGUUCGAUGUGCUGCUUCGGCUAAAAGAUCAGUGCGGGAACGCCGCGCGUGCUGAUUUGCCAGUCGCCGUGUCUCUAGGAGAGAAUCCUUGUGCGAAUGUUCCCAAGCAGGAGGGUGAAUUUGUUGCUACUUGUACCUGGCCCGGUGGCGGUGGCGCUGCGGCGGACUGUGAGACUUCAGUCCAGCAGACACUUGAUUACCUCACGAAAGGAUCACUAAACGGGACUUGCCCUUCAAUGGCUUCUAUGUGGAGUCUCCUGUCUCAGGAACUUGGCAACGUGAUCAACCUUCGGGAACUGCUAAAGCCUUUUGUCACGGACCGUGGCCAGAGUCUCCUGGACGUGAUCGGUAGCUUCCUUGGGAUCUAUGACUACUCUGUCUCGACCUUUGGGGACUCUACAUCCCAAGCCGGAUCUGGAAUGGGAGAUCUGAUUGAGGGCUACGGGUUGACAACUAUUCAGACCCAGGUCUGCCGGUACCUGCAGACCUCCUCUGAGCCUCUCAAUCUCGCCUUCACAGCCGGCACCACCACAACACCCUCCACACUCGCCGAGAUCACUGUCAUGCCCUCGCCUACCCCAGAAUAUGACCGAAACAUCACGGACCCGACGGUCAUGGCCUGCUGCCCGAACCCCGGAAACUGUAUCUUCUCGGGCGGCAGCAAGUUCUACCCGCCCGAGUCCUCGAUCGCAGGCUCCAAUUGCUUUUGCGGAUCGAUGCUCGGCGGGGGAGGCAUUGCGUUCAGGACGGGGUCGUGUCUGGAGGAGAACCAGUGCAGUCAGGAGAAGCAGUGUGAUGAGGGCAAGGUUUGCUUGACGGGCAACUGCUGCGGGGAUGGGACGAACCCUGUUAAUGUUUGUGUGGAUGCGACCGAGUGCAACGCGUCGCGAGUUGGCAAGAGGUGGGCUGACUUGUUUGAGGGAACUGCGAUGGGUAUGGUUUGA